AUGUCUUCUAUUGCUGUUCAAACCGAAGAAACUGUAACUGAAAACAAUUUCAAUGCUUCUCUAAGUAUUGGCCUCUUUACUCAAAUUUUAUCUAUCCUUGAUGAUGAACAUAAUGAUUUUUAUUAUGAUAUUUCUGAUUACUGUUCAAGUUUGCCUUCAAAAGCAGAUGAAUGGCAUGUCGAUAAUGCAACCAUGAGUGGAAAUUUUGAACUUUCAACAUUCAGUCUAGAGGAUGAUGAAUCAAGUAUUUCGGUAAAUAACGACAAAAUUGAAGAAAUGUCUACAGCCGAAUUGGAAAGAUCUCUUCAAAUAUCUGAAGCUCGUCUAAAAAACAAUCUGAAUGAAUUGAAUAAAAUCUCAUCAUCAUCAACAGAACAUGUCAAGGAAUGGCUAGAUUCUACUUGUAGUCAAUCAAAUAACUCUACAUUAAACAGCCCGAGAGAAGAAGCUAUUGAUAAAAGUGCCAAUGCUUUCAGUGAUUUCGAAGUGGAUGGGAUUUGACGCGAUCUAAAUGCACGUCCACGCAAUGUGAAUAUUAGAUGUCCAAUACAAGUUUUUGAGGUGAACCUGAUCUUAAAAUAAGUAUCAGUAAAUUAUAUUGACCCAUAUUUGAACUAAACGUAGGCAACAAUAAAAAUAUUUUCUUCUAAGUUUAACUAUUUAUCUUAACACAAAG